UUAACGUUUAGAGUUCUCACGGGGAUGUUUAUGUCCGCGUGCGUUGUUGUUGGCACAGCUUGUUGCUGCGUGUUUUCUUUGAUGUUUUUUACAAUGUUUGUGCAGUUGCUGAACGCAUGGCGCUGCUUCGUAAAAGUUUGAGACACUGACUGGACUGCCAAGGGGGCGUCGAGAUGAGACUGCCCUCGACCCGCCCUUAUUCACUCUCAGAAAAAGCUGAUGUUGCGUCUUUCUUUCUCAUUGUUGCACUCGAGUUCGCUUUAUUUCGCGGCUGUGUGAAAUCGCCCAGGUUGAACUUUUGUCCUACGGAUAUUGAAAGUAUAUUUUUACGUAACGUAUUUCUGGAUUUGAUUUGUACAGUUCUAGUUUGGCGGUGCACGGAACUUGGUUUGGAUAAUAGCCUACUACUUUACGCAUCGCAAGACGACUAACUUGUUAUUGUUUGCGCAUAAAUUAGACGUGCCUGAAAGGCUCCGAGAACCUACUACUUCCUUUACCUUGACCUAAAUGAGGUAUGGAAUUAAUCAAAGGACGACGACUGCAAAAAAGCCACAAUGUAUAAAAACCCUCGACCACUUUUGGAUUAUAGAUGCGCCAAGAAGAAUACAAUUCGGCGUCGUGCUCUCAAGCCCAAUAGACAAGACCUGGGAUGGAUUGGCGUUUGUUUACGAACAUUUUUGCUUUGGCAAUUACUUGGACUUUCUCGAGGUGCGAGUGUGUCUGCGCCCAAAGUGGAACACGAGGGGCUUUGUCCCAACAAACUCAACACAAAUCUCUGGGUUGACGCGCAAAGCACCUGCGAGAGAGAAUGCGACGUCGAUGAGGACUGUGCCGACUUUGAGAAAUGCUGCACCAACGUAUGCGGCCUGAACAGUUGCGUCGCUGCCCGAUUCUCUGAUGGCACCACCGCUCAGCCUGGCGACCUCGGAAGAGGGAAAGGCGCCGCCGCUCCGGUCUCCACGGCAACCUGCGAUGAAUUUAUCUGCAGCCAACAGGGAGCCACCUGUGACAUCUGGGACGGCCAGCCCAUCUGCAAGUGUCGGGACCGCUGCGAGAAAGAGCCGAACUUUACCUGCGCGUCGGAUGGCCUGACGUAUUUCAACCGCUGCUACAUGGAUGCGGAGGCCUGCAUCCGGGGGGUGACCCUGACCGUGGUCACCUGCCGAUUCUACCUCGCAGGACCCCACACCAGCCCGCCGCCUCAGGACACGACCGCUUAUCCGACCCCAACGUCCUCUCAAGAGGACCCCAUGCCACCCACGCUGUACUCCAACCCUCGCCACCAGUCCAUCUACGUUGGAGGCACCGUCAGCUUCCACUGUGAUGUCAUAGGCAUCCCCAGACCUGAUGUAACCUGGGAAAAACAAAGCGAGCGGCGCGAGAAGCUCGUCAUGAGGCCGGAUCAAAUGUACGGCAAUGUGGUGAUCACCAACAUUGGACAGCUUGUCAUCUACAACGCCCAGGUGUGGGAUACGGGCAUCUACACUUGCAUCGCACGCAAUUCCGCAGGGGUUCUCCGUGCCGACUAUCCUCUAUCAGUCGUCCGUCGGGCCGAUGACGACUUCUCAGAGGAUCCGGAGAUGCCCAUGGGAAGGCCCUUCUCACCGGCGGACUGCCUGGCUGAUGUGGACACGAGAGUGUGCAGCGGCGAGCGCCACGUCGAUUGGUACUACGACAGCAAGCUGGGCUCCUGCACGGCCUUCAGCAAUGGCGGGUGCGAGGAUAGCCGCAACCGAUUUGAGACCUAUGAGGAGUGUAAGGCGUCCUGCCAAAGAGAGGGGGUCGGGAUCUGCUCCCUACCUUUGGUCCAGGGCCCCUGCAAAGCUUGGGAAGUGCGUUGGGCUUGGAAUUCUGUCAUUAAACGGUGCCAAGCGUUCGCCUACGGCGGUUGCCACGGGAACGCUAACAGCUUUGGCACGCUAAAGGAGUGUGAAGCAAACUGCCCAACACCAAAAAAGAAACCUUGCAAGACAUGUCGGCUGAAGGGGAAAAUGGUACCCAGUUUAUGUCGCAGCGACUUUGCCAUUGUGGGGCGGCUGACGGAGCUCGUCGAGGAUCUGGACUCGGGAUUGGCCCGCUUUAGCUUGGAAGAGGUUCUUCGAGAUGAAAAGAUGGGCUUGACUUUCUUCAACACCAAACACCUUGAGGUGACCAUUGACAAGAUAGACUGGAGUUGUCCCUGCCCAAACAUCACCGUGGAGGAAAACCCUCUGUUGGUGAUGGGGGUGGUGCAGGACGGCAUGGCCAUCAUCCAGUCAGACAGUUACGUCAGAGCAAUAACCGAUCGCAGACUUAAGAAGCUCCGUGAGGUUCUGGUUAAAAAGACCUGCCAGACAUUGUAAAACUCCCCGAGACUUGCCAUUGCACAGAUGGUUGAAGGAACAAAUGGCACUGUGAAACAUUUAUCACCAAAGUGGAAAUUGGCCCAACAAAAAUGAUACCAGUUUUCACAGGAGCACUUCUGGCAUUUAGCGCUACUUAAACAAAUGUAUAUUCCACGUGUGUUUUGUGGUGUUAUUCUGGUGGUGGUGGGGGGGGGGGGGUUCUUUUGAUUUUAAUAAUCAAAGUCAAUUAUUCUUGAGAGGCGGCCCGGUAGUCC